CCUUAUCUAACUGCUUCACUGGUGCGGACGAACACUUCCGUGCAGCACUAGCACUCUCACUCGUACACACUCAUCUGGCGGCGUUGCUUGCCCUGGAUGUAUCCGCCAAUGCCCCAAGGCAGGUUCCUUUGGGCUCUGGCACGACCCUGUCGGUUUAUCGCCCAUCGCCGCUAUCCCGCCGCGGUCCUUGCCCAUUCGCGACGAUUCCACCCUUCGCCAGCAUGGCUAUCAUCUACGCCGUCGGACCCCCGCGAUCCUAACAUCCCGGCGAAGGAGACCGUUACUGGUGAUAUUCCGACCAAGGUCGCCGAACCGGAUCUUACCCAUCAUAGUACCUCCGAAACCGAAUCGGCCCCGAAUCAAAAUGAACACAAGGAUGAAAAGCCCUAUGGCUCAGCUGUUCGCAGACUCAUGCGGAGCCGCAAAUCCUCCUCAAAGCUGUCCGAUAAAGCCACCACGGUACCCGACUGGUUUCGUCAACGCAACGUCGUGGUUCAUGAUGGCAAAGGCGAAAGCGCCGGGGUUGCUCUACGACAAGUGCAGAUUCGGUCAUCGUUGGAUAUCGAAGCGGAGAAAGAGGCGCUAGUCGAAGAACUUGGUCAAGGUGGUGAUGGAGAAAGUCCACCGCCAUCGGGCGACUCCGGCCCACGAGACAACCGCUAUGCUCUGACGGAGGCAAUGUGGGAGGAACUCUGUGCAUCCGCACGCGCUGGUAUGCGCCUGCCACCGGCAAGGUACGCGCAGGAACCCUCAGCCCGGAAGUCACACCUGGUUCUUCAGUAUCCGGGUGCGGAUGGGAUCUUAUUUUUGGACGCCGUGGUGAAGAGAUUGGCUCACGAAAUCGGUGCGGAUCUGGUAACGCUGAACGCACAGGACAUUGCAGAGCUGUGCAGUGAACAGGAUCUCACAGACACGGGUAAAACAGACUCGAUUCGUUCGCUCGGUUACGAUGUCCAUCGACCUACUAUCCCAGAGGCUUCGGAGGACGGCAUGGAUCUGAGUGAGGCCGAUAAUGAAGACGAGUCCCUGCAAUCACUGAACUCAUCAUCUGAUCCUCCGGCAAUGGGCCAAAGAUUCAUCUUGGGGAGCACAGGAGAAAUUCACGACGUAUUAUCCAGAUUGAGGUUAUUUAAUCCCUCAGCGGAUUCUGGGACAGCUGCAUCAAAAUCCGAGAACAGGCGACUUCGACUUGCUCGUGAACUCAUUUCCCCCUCUAGCAAGAAGUCUACACCACCAGCGCGGAAAGACACGGAGGGCGACAAGUCCUCCAAAGCGGAAGUCCCUGAAGCUGGCGCACCCAAAGCUGCUCGCGAUGUCAUCCUUCAGGUUCAGGACUAUGGCGAGAUUAGAAACACUCGCGAGGGCUCCAACUUCAUUGUCAUCCUGCAAAAGGCGAUUGAGGAGAAGCGUAAGGCCGGCUCCCGGGUCUUACUCGUUGGAACGAUCGCGCAGGAGGUUGCCCAGAAUUCAGAUGCCUCCAAAUUAAUGCAGAGCGCCCCAGAAGAUCAGCUGUCUCAAAUACUGCUUGUGACGCCUGACAUGAAGCCAGAGGCGGCAGCGCGCACUUUCACCGAGGACCGUCGGAAACGGACGUUGGAUAUUAACAUCCGCCACAUCCAGGAAAUGCUUCGCACACGACUGAGUGAAGCACCCUCCACACAUGAGGGUGAUCUCUUCCGAGAUCGUGCCUGGCCACUAGACCCGUCGCUAUUGAAACAGAGUGGUUUGGAGGAGCGGUAUUGGUCUUAUUCUCAUGUUCACUGGGUCUGCACACUCGCACUUGGCUCUCUCAAAGCUAAUGAACAGCUUAGCUCCGAGCACCUCCGGCGAGGAAUUGAGAUGAUUCAGCAGAGCGAGCGUGUCAAGAAUGAUUGGCUGCAAGAAAAGGCGCCUAAAACUACAGCAGGAAAUGCGGCAAGUGACCGAGAGCGCUUGCUGAAGUCCUUGCGCAAAACGUGCAAUUCAUACGAGAAGAAACUACUGAACGGAGUUGUGGAUGCGCGGAGCAUUCGGACCACGUUUUCAGACGUCCAUGUACCUCCGGAGACUAUUGACGCUCUGAAAACUCUGACAUCUCUGUCCCUUAUUCGCCCCGAAGCAUUUACCUACGGUGUCCUGGCUACGGACAAGAUCCCAGGUUUACUACUUUACGGGCCGCCUGGAACAGGAAAGACACUCCUGGCUAAGGCCGUGGCUCGCGAGAGUGGGGCCACUGUUCUCGAAGUCAGCGGCUCGGAAGUCUAUGACAUGUACGUGGGUGAAGGUGAAAAGAAUGUUAAGGCCAUUUUCACACUAGCGAAGAAGCUCAGCCCAUGUGUUGUGUUCAUCGAUGAAGCGGAUGCCAUCUUCUGCUCUCGAACCCGGGCCAGCAGCCGUACGUCCCACCGGGAGCUCAUCAAUCAGUUCCUGCGUGAGUGGGACGGGAUGAAUGACCUCUCUGCCUUUAUCAUGGUUGCCACGAACCGGCCGUUUGACCUGGAUGAUGCCGUUCUUAGACGUCUUCCUAGACGUCUUCUUGUCGAUCUUCCUACCGAAAAGGAUCGCCUAGCUAUUCUGAAGAUCCACUUGAAAGAUGAACAUCUCGACAGCUCAGUAGACCUUGCAGAGUUGGCACGUCGGACACCCCUGUACUCAGGCUCUGACUUGAAGAAUCUUUCCGUGGCUGCCGCAUUGGCCUGCGUGCGGGAGGAGAAUGAACUGGCGGCGCAGCACCAAGGCGCUGAGCCCUACCAGUACCCAGCGCGGCGCACCUUGACCUGGAAGCAUUUCGAACGGGGUAUGGAGGAAAUAAGCGCGUCGAUUAGUGAGGACAUGGCGUCUUUGUCUGCGAUCCGGAAGUUCGAUGAACAAUAUGGCGACCGCAAAGGACGACGGAAGAAAAGCCCUGGCUGGGGAUUUGUGCCGGCCGGCGUGGAUGCGUCAGCAGCGGCUGAGGACGUUGCGCGCGUACGGACACUUGAGAGCUCAAGUCAUUGAGUCUCCGGAUGAGGUUAAUUGUAUAGAUCGACUGUUAUUCUCUCUUCUACUUGGAUUUUGAAGGUUUAGGAUUGGAGUGGCAUGGAAUGGAAAGGCUGGCAGCAAUGACGAUCGGUUGUACACUAAUUAGCGACAUGAACCUGUAACACUAACGCAGAUAUCUGCCACCUCUUGGGAUAGAAUGUUGCGUAUA